GUAGGGAGUCGUAAAUCAUGUGAAGAUGGGACUCUUGGUCUUUGUGCGCAACCUGCUGCUAGCCCUCUGCCUUUUUCUGGUUCUGGGAUUUUUGUAUUACUCUGCGUGGAAGCUGCAUUUUCUCCAGUGGGAGGACUCCAAUUCAGUGGUUCUUUCCUUUGACUCCGCUGGACAGACACUAGGCUCAGAGUAUGAUCGGCUGGGCUUCCUCCUGAAGCUGGACUCUAAACUGCCUGCUGAAUUAGCUACCAAGUACGCAAACUUUUCAGAGGGAGCUUGCAAGCCCGGCUACGCGUCAGCCUUGAUGACUGCCAUCUUCCCCCGGUUCUCCAAGCCUGCACCCAUGUUCCUGGAUGACUCCUUCCGCAAGUGGGCCAGGAUCCGGGAGUUUGUGCCACCUUUUGGAAUCAAAGGUCAAGUCCUGGACGCACAAUAUUCAGCGAGAGAAAGAGUUUCUGCGGAAGCUGGUGAAAGCGCGGGUCAUCACCGAUCUAACCAGCGGCAUCUGAGGUGGGCCCAACACGCGGCCACAGAGUCCAGGCACCACCGGGGACACGCAGCGAUCGCCACCAUCUGCCACUUCAUCGGCCUCGGCCUGGCGCCUCCUGAGAGGCGUGGGAGUCUUCAGGCCCAGAGAAGGACAGUGCCAAGUGACCCCAGGGUGGCGAGGCCCUGGGGAGCAGCCAGAGCUGUGUCUGCUCAGGCACCAGCACUGGGCCUCCUGCCCAGCCGGGCCCUUGAGCCGGAGGGACCAGAGGCCUCUGGCUGUGCCCGGCAGGCCCAGCAUGCAGGAGGUGGGACGCUCGGCAGCGAGGCUGCUGCCAGAAUCAUUUCUGCAAUCAGUGUUUGGUGUAUUAUCAUUUUGUGAAUUGGGGGCGGGGGGAGGGCAGGGAGGGAUAAUUUAUUUUUAAAUAAGGUUCUAGAUGUCGUGUGUCCACUGGCCACGCAGAAGCAGGCCCCCGAGAGGCCCAUCAGGCAGGCAGGGGGCCCCAGUGGCCCCUGUGGGGUGGGAGUGCCGGGAUUAGCCUGUACCUAACUCCUGGCUACAGCGAGGGGCAGGGUCUCAUGACAGGCCCUGCCCGCUCAGGACACUCUUGAUCUUUCUUGGGGAGAACGAUGAGGUAUUCCCACUCAGCUGUCUCGAGCUGGGCCCCAGGGGACCUCUGCAGCCAUUCUUUAAACCAACAAGCUGGCCCCUGGGCUGGAGCAGAGCAGACUUCAGCACUCGGGAGGGGAGGCCUGGCCCAUCCAGGGGGAACUGCCUCGCUCUCCAGCUGCAGCUGAUCCACAGGACCGUGCCCCAGGCCCGGGCUGACCAACUGGCAGCUCCCCUGGGGUUCAGUGAGACUGCCAGGUCUGCCUUCAGUCUGGACCCAAGGGAAGUGAGGCUCAGAGCCCUUGCCCAGGCUGGGCAGCCAUCCUGGAAGCAAUAAAGCUCUUCCCUGA